AUGACGUUGAAGCGGAAGUUGGAAGAUUGCCAGGACUUCCGAGGCGUUCCGAGCGCGGAGAGUUUCUACACGUACAUUGACGGCGCCCUUCAGCGUAUUACUGACCGCCUCACCGAGCUCUUCGAGGACAUCAGACAUACCGACUCCAAUAAAGACAACGCCAGCUUCCAGACCAUCAGGGAAGAUGCUACACAAGGCUAUGAGGAAGGUAAUACAGAUCUCAAAUUCAAGGCAACGGAAAGCUCGUUCGUAGCCAUCAUCAUGCAGCAUGCAUAUGAUGAGGCACAGAAAGUCUCGUCUACCGCGUACCAGGUCCAAGGAGCUGCCAAGAAGAUUAAUAUUCCGAAGGCUCAGGGUCCGAACGCUCAACGCCUGGAUAUACUUCGCAAACACGUCCAGGGCACGAGCAACGCCAACGGACUCUUUCCCGAGCUUGCCAAGGAAUGCAAAAAGGCUCUCAGAGACCUCCUUAACGGCCGCAUUGACCGUGACGGUAAUGUGAUCCAAGGGUGGAAGGCGAAGAUUGAGCGUGUGGCCCUAGAGGGUAUUAUACGGAUAUCACAAAGUUCUUCGAAGCACACUUUGUCGGAGACGGUUGCUGAGAUGGAGAUGAAGCACAACCCUGAGAUGACAAACGAGCUGAUCGAAGCCGCACAGCAGGCGCUGACGGCGCUCGCGGGACCGGUGUUGAGGGACUUCACGGAAUGCGAGUCUUAUGAGAAGGGGGAUGCUGCAUAA